UCAAUUCGUCAUGUCGGUUUGAAACAGGAGACCAAUGGCUUUGUGGAAUGGAAUUUUCAUAUAAAUGAGUCGCUGAGUGAUAUGAAUAGAGCAAUCAGUAGUCAUCAGCAGUCUACCAUUGAUUCUUCUUGUAAUGAAUACACACUUCCGUUAUCAUUUGAAAAUGAUAAAUUCGGCAAUCCAAUCCUUUCGUGCUCUUCACUAUCUUGUUUUGGUGAAAAAAGGUUUAACGAAUUGGAACGUGGAGAAUUGAUUCCAGGAAGUAGAAUAAAAACAAAGGGCUUGUCAGACGUCGAAAGCCACAAUUCUAAAACGCGAUGUUAUAAAUUUUACGAAAACAACAGUUGUACGAGCGAAACGCAGUGGACAGCUGGUAUAUAUUUGGAAGAGGAUGGAAAUAAUGUUAAAGCAAAAUGGAAAUGUUGCAGUAAUGAAGAUAUGCAAUAUUCUAUAGCAUUAAAAACUGUGAUUGUCAAAAUUGGACAAAGAUAUAAAGGUGGAGAGGUGUAUCAAAACAGGCGAAGGGUCGCUUUUGAUUUGAUUAAAGAGAUAAACGUAUCAUAUGAUGAAAAUCACAGGCCAUGUUACGAAUUAAAAAUAGUACGCUUGGCAUGUGUAUCGAAAUCGUCCAGUAUAAAGAAAAAAUCAGUUGCGAAUGAAAAUCGCGAAACUGAUGCUUUAGUCAAAGAUAUUUCAUCUGAAUUUGAUGCUGAAGAAUAUAUUUCUGCAAAUCUGCACCGUGCAAAAUACUCUAAACCAAAUAGCCGCUUCACAAUUUUGGGUGAUGAAAACAUGGAUAAUUUCUAUCAUCCUAGACAUCGAAUAUCUCAACGAAGAAUGCUUUCCUUUCGUAGAAGGCCUUUCUACAAACCGAUUCUAGAUGAGUAUGAUUAUUAUGACUACGAUCCUGUUAUUUUUAGGCGUCCUUCUGGACAUCGCAGAAUUAUUACAAACGACGGAUUAUGGCCUAUUAAUUUGGGUACUGUGGGACACAGCCGUUCAAUUGUCGCUUCUGGAGGUUCACCUUCAUCUCUCAAUGAAAUUGCAUCAUCGAAUACGGUAGACAACAGCGAUUAUCACCAGUUUGUUGAUAGCGAUAGCGUAGCAGUUUCUGUUACAUCUUUUCCAUCAGAAAGUUACAAUCAGCCGUCUUUUGUGAAUGAAUAUAAUGUGGGGGCUCGAUAUCAACCUACCCAAAUCGAAGUACAACCAGCAACUGGACAAGUGCCAUAUCCAAACGUGCAAUAUCCACCACAAAGAACGAUAAUACAAACAGAACCAAAACCUUCAGCUGUUAUACAACGACCUAUUCCUACAUACAGUGGCACCGUACCAUAUUAUAACGGCUACUUUGAAACUCUGCAGUGCUUCAGUGGAGAUGUCACUGUACAAACUCCUGAUCGAAUCAAACGUAUUGAUGAGUUGAAAGUUGGAGACCAAGUCUUAUCUAUUGAUGAAUCACUGAUAUCUUUCUCACCAGUUGUGAUAUUUUUGCAUCGAUCCAGUAAUGAAUCAGCAGUUUUCAACAAAAUUAUUUUGAAAACUGGAGAAAUGGUAAAACUAACAGACUAUCAUUUAUUGUAUGUUACCGAUUGUAAGGCUGGAGAAAAACUACGUUUGACAUAUGCGAAAGAUGUUCAUUUAGGACAAUGCUUGCAUGUUUUCAAUGAAACGUUCAAUAAUCUUGUUCCCAUUCAAAUAUUUGAAAUUUUACGGGUAACUGAUCAAGGUAUUUACGCACCUCUCACAGCUACGGGAGAUAUUAUUGUCAAUUCAAUUCUAUCGUCCUGUCAUAGCAAUGUAAUAGCUCAGACUUUACAGCAGUCAAUUUUCAGUCUCUUACGCAAAUUCCGAUCUUCAUUAUUCACAAAAGAAAGUACAAUUGGUCUCUUGCCAGGCAUUGAAUUUCUCACUAAAAUUUCUGAUAUAUUUUUACCUCAAAGCUUUACUGCGUAA